CUGUGCAUUUACGGUCACAUGAAUGUCAGCGCUGCAGGCCAGAUGCCGGUGAUGGAGGAACUUGUCAGUGAGAGCGACAGCAUGCCAAAGCGGAUGGCUCUGAUCUGCUUCCUGUCUCUGGUCAUGCUGAUGAGCAUCCUGGGAAACCUGCUGGUCAUGGUGGCCGUGUGCAAGGACAGACAACUCAGGAAAAUCAAGACCAACUACUUCAUCGUGUCCCUGGCGUUUGCCGACCUGCUCGUGUCGGUGCUGGUGAUGCCGUUCGGCGCCAUCGAGCUCGUGCACCAGCACUGGAUCUACGGCGAGACGUUCUGUCUGGUCCGGACGUCGCUGGACGUCCUGCUGACCACGGCGUCCAUACUGCACCUGUGCUGCAUCGCCCUGGACAGGUACUACGCCAUCUGCUGCCAGCCGCUGGUUUACCGCAACAAGAUGACGCCAAUGCGAGUGGCUCUGAUGAUCGGAGGCUGCUGGGUCAUUCCCACCUUCAUCUCCUUCCUGCCCAUCAUGCAGGGCUGGAACAGCAUUGGCAUUGACCACCUGAUUGAGCAGCGGCGCCACAGUGAGGGCAGCAACUCCACGUCCUGUGUCUUCAUGGUCAACAAGCCAUAUGCCCUCACCUGCUCCGUGGUGGCCUUCUACAUCCCGCUGGUCCUCAUGGUGCUGGCCUACCAGAGGAUCUACAUCACGGCACGGGCGCACGCUCUGCAGAUAAGCAUGCUGCAGCGGGCGGGAGGGGCGGGGACCAGCGCGCCGGGCGCCUCCGGUGCAAACGCCGGUGUCGACUCCGCCGACCACCAACGCAACCACCGGAUGCGGACUGAAACAAAGGCGGCAAAGACCCUGUGCAUCAUCAUGGGCUGCUUCUGCCUCUGCUGGGCGCCGUUCUUUGUCACCAACGUCGUGGACCCAUUUAUAGACUACACGGUGCCGGACAAACUGUGGGCCGCCUGCCUCUGGCUGGGCUACAUCAACUCCAUGCUCAACCCCAUCCUCUACGCCUUUCUCAACAAGUCCUUCCGCCGUGCCUUCCUCAUCAUCCUGUGCUGCGGGAGGAAGAGGUACCGCAGGCCGUCCAUCCUGGGGGCCGGCGCUCCCUGCACAGCCACACAGAUCAACGGGUCCACACAUGUACUCAAGUAUUCUGUCCUUCACAACGGGAACCACGCGGUGCAGGAGGAGAAGAAGUCUCCGCUCACCGAGUCCUGCUUGUGACCAAACGACGACUCCUCAGUCACAUCUCCGCGCUCCGGCCUUUUCCUGUCGCCACAGGAGACGACGGACGGAACCCGGACCUCCACGCGUCCAACACCGACACUUCAACCACCUGCUGGGAUUCCAGGAGAUCCAGGAGAGGAACGUGACAUUUACCGAUGAAACUCGAACCUGUGGUCUCUGAAAGAAAGGGUCAGGGACCGGAAACAAAAGCCAGUUUUCAGUCUGUUGCUGGUUCUGCUCGGUCAGACUGAAAACCGACCGUCCUCAGAGAACCUGCAGGAGUGUAGGAGAACUUCACGGCACGAGAUGUGAUUAAUGACCGUGUCUGGGAGUCGUGGGAUCGUGAAUUUUGUUGCCAAAGCUAUUUGAUAUAACACACGUGUACAUUAAGCUUUUUUUUGGUUCUUUUCCAGCAAAAAAAAAAAGAUUAACAACAGAGUUUAGAGGAUUGUUGAAAACAUUUGAGCUUUUAAAAGCAAGUGUUAUCAGGACCAGAGGCAGCAGAGAGUUUAGAACAACAUGUCUCCCUCACAUCACUGCGACACACAGCCGGAGAACCUUUCAUUUCUUUUUUUUCUUUGUCUCCCAGGUCAAAUCUUUGCGGCUUUGUUAAAUCCUCACUAAGCUGAGAGGAAAAUGCAGCCGUGAGUCCUCGACCCAAACUGUCCAAGUGCAUUAUUACAGAGGCUGCUACUUCAUCACGACACCACCAGUUCAUUAGUUCACGUUUCCACACAAUAAGACAAACACGUCACACACGUGUGGGAAAAUGCACGGAUCUACAGACACUGUGAUAUGUGUGUGUGUUUGUGUGUGGAGACCAGAACCUCAUUUUCUGAGAAACUGGUUUAAGUUUAGGACUUAAGAUUUGAAUUGUGGUUGAGGUUAGACAUUAACUGGUUAUGGUUAAGGUUAGUGAUAAGUCUGUACUGACGUCUUUGUGAGGACCAGAAAAAAACGAAUAAGGAAGUAAGGACAAUUUGUGAAAGAGAGGACCUCUUCUUCUUCUUCGAAUCAUCUCCAGCGCUGUACUUUCAAAGUUCUUAAGUACAGUUUGAAGUUCUCCUUCCUUCUCAUCCUCAUUCCUUCUUCUUCUUCGGCUGGUCCUAAACCUAAAACCCAAGUCUCAUUAGGUGGUACUGGUCCUCACAUUCUGUCCCACCUUAAAAGGUUUUGAGGACAAUUUGUGAAAGAGAGGACCUCUUCUUCUUUCUUCUUCUUCUUCUAAUCAUCUCCAGCGCUGUACUCUGAGGUGCACUUCAAAGUUUUGAAGUGCAGUUUGAAGUUCUCCUUCCUUCUCGUCCUCAUUCCUUCUUCUCCUUCGCCUCAUCCUAAACCCUAAAACCCAAGUCUCACAUUCUGCCCCAGCUUAAAUGUCGGGUUAAGGGUUGGGGUUAGGCAUUUAGGUGUGAUGGUUAAGGUUAAGGUUAAGGUAAGGGACUAAUGUCCAAACGUGUCUUCACAGAGAAUGCUGUACAAGAAUGUGUGUGUGUGUGUAUUUCGUAUGUUUGUACGAAUGAAAACACCAGGUUUUUUUUUUCUUUCACGCUCAUCUCUACCUCGCUUUGAGGCUAUGCUAAAGAAUGUAGCAGACUUUGUUUUCUGGUAACACUUUACAUUACAAUCAUAGUAUAGAUUGACAAUAUAAUUGCUAUUAUUUGGCUUAUUAGGUAAUAAGCUUGGUAUUAUUAUUAUUAAUAAUUCUCCACUCCAAGAAAACAAGAUGCAUUCAAUGACCCUGGUCCUGCUGCUGCUGCCACCUUGUGGUAAUAAAUGCACCAACACCAACGAGGCAGUAAUGAGGUCACUGGAGAAAUGUUAUUUUCACUUAAUUUAAUGUUACAUUUAGGUCAAUAUUUCGAGCAGCUCUUCCCUCUUUGAGCUUGAGUUUGCCACGUUAUGCUUUCAGCAUAUUUUGUGAGCAUGAGAUACCUUUGAGGUUAUUCUGGGGGAAUAUUUUAAACAGUAUUUGGCCCCUUUUUGGAAAUAUAGCUUUAAAAAUAAACAUAUUUGCAUAAUGCAAGCACAUUUUUGACUCCCAUGAUCAUAAGAGUGAUAAAAACUUUAAAAAAAUACGCUUAACUAUGAGGAAUUAUGCAAUUCAUUAAGAUAAAAUAUUUGAAUCAAUUGACAGCCCUGAAAAACAUGUUGUUACUAUAAUAAUAUCGCCUUAUUACCACAGUAUUACAUCGUUUUUACCAAGCUGGGAAUGAACGGAAAAAGAGACGUUAUCCCUCAAAGUCAAAUAAAGAAAAAAUAGCAAUUCAGUGGUUUAUAGAGCAGUGUUACAUUUAAGAACAGCUAAGGCAAAAAAAAAACAGAAUGUAAACAAAUAAAACUGUAAUGUAAACGAUCAAAUUAAACUGUAAUGUAAAGUUUUACCAUUUUUUUUAACCAUUCGUUCACAUUCAUUUCAAGCUGUGUCUCAGUUCAGUGGAUGCUUAUUACGUAGUACGAAAGCAGCAUAACUGUCGCUCACACCGACGAUCGCAUGUCACGCGCCGCGGGAAAUCUUUCAUGAUGGAACGAUUUCAGUAAUCUGUGUAAUUUCACGUUAACAGAAGAAAGGAGGAACUUAAUUUUCUUUGAAGUAAAAGUAAAAGAUCUCCAGAUUAGCACAAGCCAAGACUAUAAUUUUAUCACUUUUUGAAACUGUCUGUAAAAUCUUGACAUUUGUGGCUUGAGUUCCGCGUGUUGACUAGCGCCUCUCAUCGUGGCGUGACAGAUUAUCGCGCACAGUUUCGACCUCAAAGGCUAAGCUGAAACGUCAUGUUAUAUCACGUUAGCACUGUUGCCUAGAAAUAGAAUUGCGGCUAGACAUUGCGCAGUUUGUUAAUGAAAACAUGAAAAUCUACUUUUUAAAAACACUUUUCCAGUUAGUUAUUGAGUUGAGUUCAAGCCUGGUGCUUAUAUUAAAAAAUAUGUUCUCUUUGAUUAGUUUUAUCAUUAUUUUAUGCCACGAUCUCCUGUCAGAAUAUUCAUCAUUAGUCAAAUGAGUCAUUUGAAGAAGCCUUGAAAGAAGGAGACACAAAUAACACUAGUGAUUGAAGGAAAGGGACGGCCACUGGAUUGAGACACAGCUUAAAUCCAACCAUUUCCCCUUUUACCCUUCAUACAAUACCUUUUUCUCUCAGUUAUUAUUCAGUUUCAUGUCGUUUUCACCUGCAGGUUUUCCCUCUCCCUGUGUCCAUUACUUGUUAUGACAGUUUACACCACAGGCACUUUCACACAGGGUUCCCACCAGUCCUUGAAAUCCUUGAAAGUUUGUGAAAAUCACUCUAAAUAGACAUGGGCCAUUGAAUUUACCCCUUGUUUGUUGCGACGCCACCUACUGUUUCACGCAGGACAAACGUGGAGUCUUAAUGACUAGCGGUGUUCACUGUCUCUCUCUCCGCCGUUGACGUGAGAUUCCGUGCAGAACAAUGAGCGAGUAAAGUUAACGUCCCAUCUUAAGCUGUGGCAACACAUUCUGUCCUUGAAUUUGAGGCAAAUUGGUCCUGGAAAGUCCUUGAAUUUGGUGUGGGAACCUUGUUUAUAACUAGUUUCAUGUUUUUGUCCUCUUAUUACUUGUUACAUACAGUUUACACCACAGUUACCUUCACAAAACUGCUUAACUGGUCCCGCGAUAUUGAAUUUCACCACAUGAUCAGUCCCCAUUUACACUAAAAACAUGGAAAAACACUCAAAAUAAAGACUAGAGAAUAAAAAAGUCCUUAUUGUUUUACACACUUUGAUUUGAAAAACCUGCUUCCUGUAGCACGUAACACGAUGACCUUUCACUGCAGCGAGAAACAGGAUGAAAAUGUUGCUACAGAAAACAGUGGAAGAGGUUUACUGCAAAAAAAAGAAGAAAGAGGGAAUAAACACGUACUAAUCAAUACUUUCAUAUUAACAAUUGAUUGACUGGGUCUGGAUAAUGUGAAGUGAGAGAAACUCUGCAGCUCUAUAAAGUACUGGAGUUGUUUUUUAGCUCAUUAUAUUGUUAUCGGAACACUUUUACUGUCGGUGGGUGAGCGGAAAACCACGAGGUAAUCAAUAAUACAGUUGAAUUUAUAACAUGGAUACGAACGUCAAUGCCUCUCUUUAUAGCAGCUUUAAAAAAGGUUGUCAAUACAGUUUGAAUUUCACUUUUUGCAACUGGAUGGAACUGCAUUAUUCACCCAAAAUGUACGUUUUUUUUCUCCUCUUGGUUUGUGGUUACGUCAUCUCUAAUGUUGAGUUUACUCUUAUCCGUGCAGAAACAGAACAUUUUUGUUUUUAUGUUCUUUUUACGUUCUACGUAAGAACUUGGUAUGGUUUCAAGAAAUGUCUUCAUACACACAAAACCCCUAGAAACAACCCUAAACACUGUAGUAUAUGCUAGGCUAACUCCAAAAGGGACCUCUGUCACAUGGUUUGACCCUUAAUAUAUUGCAUUCUCCAAAGGCAGACUCGGUAUACAUACAGUAUAUAUAUUUAAUCUGCUAUAACACUAAAUUUAAAAGAAAAACAACCUUUUAUUCCUAAAAAAGUAUGCAAAAAAUGUCUGUUUCAGGUCAUCAAAUUUCAGUUUUCAUAUAAGCAUUAGGAUGAGUCCUUUAUGCUGUAUGCCUUUUGAAAUCCGUUAAAGUGCUUCAUUAUUGAUAUACAGUAGAAACGAAGAAUGGGGAAAGGAAUUUAUCUUUUAAAAGAACACCAACUCAAAUGUUGAGCUAAAAAUGUACUUUCUACGUUACGUACUUGAAAAGUGAUCUGUAACCCUUCUUCCUCAGUUCUGUUGCUAGGUGACAACUCCCCCUGUCAUAUGGUUUGACCCUCAAUGUAACAUACUACAUUCUCCAAAGGAGUAAAACUCAUCUAUAAUCUGCUAUAUAACACUACAUUUAAAAGAAAAACAACCUUUUGUGCCAAAUAUGUACAAACAAAUUUACCCCCAGUUCUGUUGCUAGGCUAACUCCAAAAUAUAAGGAACCUCUGUCACAUGGUCUGCAAAAAAUAUAAACAUGAGGUUGAACCAGUCCUUCUUUACGGCGUAAACCUUUUUGAAAAUCAGUUCAAAUGCUUCAUUAUUGUCAUAGAAACAGUGUUCUUUAACUCUUUUUGUGAAUGAAGCGCUGACAAUGUUUAAAAACACCUUGAAAAUAAGGUCUCUGUGAGCAGACGUUAGCCUCCAAAAAUGGUUUGCAAAAGAUCAGAUGCUCCCAAAUUAGCUAAUUAGAUGAAAACACUGCUGAGCACUGAUUUUGAAAAAAAAAAUUAAAGAGAGCCAAAAAGCUCUUGACUGGAAACACGCAGGACGAUGUAAUUACAAACUCUCACAGAGACAAACCAUUGACCCAGUUUAGUUCAAGUUCACACUUGAAAAGCAGGAGUGGAGACAGAAGAAGACGACGCUGGCUCUCGUGUUUCUCCAGAUUCAUGAAUAUGAGGCUCGCGUAUGAGUGGGUUCAGUCAGGAGAGGAGGGUCAGGCGGCUCCGUCACUCCGUCACACAUUAAUAUGCUUCAUCGUAGCUCAGUUCACUUCAGUUCACUUCACUUAUUUACAUCCAGAAACACGUUUUUUACUCCGUUUACACACUAAAACAAUUACUUUAUGAAACCAGCGGGUCAUAAAUGAUGAAAGACAAGUAUAUGGAGACUUUUUCCCUAUUUUUUUCAUCUCAGCUGUUGACCCAAUUCCAAUUUUCGAAUUUACCAGGGUAGUGCGAUUCCAGGGUAAAGCGUAUUUGUUUUUGAAUGAACACAGAUUAGUGUGGAUGUAGCCCAACGACCCAUCCACACAACUUUUUUAUCUUUUUUUUUUUUAUCCACAUCCAGGCCUAAAAAGGGCUUGAAAACACUGGGAGUGUGGACAGCAGGUCGAUCCACAUCAAGGCUUAUUUGUUUUUUGAAUGAAAACAGAUUAGUGUGGAUGUGGCCAAAGGGCCUGUCCACACGAAGAGAAAACACAUGAAUGUUUUAGCCAGAAAAAAAACGCAAUUUUUCGAACUUCUCUGUUUUGAUGGGCUUGAAAACACUGGGUUAGUGUGGACAGUACUGUGGAUCCAGAGGAAAGCUUAUUUGUUUUUGUCUGAAAUCAGAUUAGUGUGGAUAUAGCCAAAUGGCCACAAAAAUUAGUUGAGAAAAUACAGAAAUGUUUUAGGUUUUUUUUAUCCACACAGAGCCCUAAAAACAUAGUUUUCAAACCAGCUUUACAGUGCCACAUACAGGCCUGGAAGAAGUACUACAGCAUUUUCAGGGGGUUUUGUGUGGAUUUCUUGAAAUAAAAAGAAAAUAAAUAUCAUAUGGGGAAAGUUCUGUUUCUGUGUGGGUAAGUGUUGCUGCACCUUUAGCUUUAUUUUCUGGACGUUGAUAUUUUCAGCUUCAAACUAAAGGAAAUUAUUGGAAAAAGUUCUUUUGGACAUUUCUGUGUCCCCCCCUUUACAUUUUUUCAUCCUGUUUGUUUUGUUUUUUGUCUUCCAUAAUUGAAGCACAUGCACUUUUUUGUGAUUUAUGGAAAGAUGAGUUUAGCAGUGUCAUCUGAUAUAUAAAGUAAUUUAUAAACGUAGACUUAUUUACUCAGAUAAACCCCCGCCAAAAACCAAGCUGUGGAUUUCUCUCGGACUCUUUUUUUGUCCAUUUGAAUAUUAUUUAUUUCCCGUAAAUGUAUAAUUAAGUUCAAAGUGUGUCGUCUUUUCCUCGCUGACAAAUAUAACAUUUCCACUGCCAUUUACCUGAUAAAUUCAUCCUCAUUUUUUGAAUGUUCAGUUUUUAAUGAUGUUUCCAGUUUCGGGAGAGAAAGUCCGUGUGUAGAAAAAGUCCAAACGGGGAUUAUAAAGCAGAGUUUGUCAUGCUAUUUAUUUUUCUUUAUAAAAAAUGUGUUGAAUUAAUGAUCAAAAGUUUGUAUAUUUUCAUCAGGUAACUGUGAAAUGUAUAGAUCACGAUCAUGCAAAACAAAACAAAAAUAUUAAAGUAAUGGUCAUUUCUCAUUUACACUUUA